UGCUACGUACAGCGACAAUGAUGGCGGUGGCUCAGACAAAGAGAGAGAAAGAUAACGAAGAUUGUUCUGUAUUGCCUAUAGUCCAUGCAAUUAUAAAAUGCAUGGAUAAAGAUAGCCAGGAUGUGCAUCAAGAACUGGCCAAACUAAAAGCAAAGAUCCAGGAGGCGCGCGAGGAAAUCUCAACCAUGCACGGAAUUGAAACAAGUCCAGCAGAGCAGCAACAGCAGCUGGGCAAACUGAGGGAGCAGGUUCAUACCAAGAACCAGUUAUUACAGAAGUACAAGAGCCUAUGUAUGUUUGACGUACCCAAAGCGUCGUGACUUACAAGACUUGCAUUAAGACGCUCAUGGACAAGCAGGGUGGAGCAGUGUGGAUCGCCAGUUGUCUACGAAGACUGGUUUAGAUGAAUGACUCAAAACGGGACAACGAUUCCUGAAGAUAACACACAACUAAAUUAUGUGCAAUGGGUUUAUUAAUGGGCAAUAUUUUCUUUGCACCACCAAUGUUUUUUUUUUACGAUGUUAUUUUAUACGUUUUGUCUAUACAAUAAACGAAUAUGUCCA